CGUAGCGACGUAAUUCUUAGCAGACGCGUUCGUGAGCGCGCAUUGUAUGCACUGUGCGUGUCAGCUCAAGAUGGCCAGACCUGGUGAGGUGCCGUCUCGCUCCCUGAAGGUACGCGGCGCUGGAGAGCUCCCGCAGACAUCAGGGCGUCGAGCGCACCGUGGGGAAUGAGGCGAGAAUGCGCGAAAGGCUAACGCCACUUUGCCGAUGCGACCUUGCGCUCUGCUACAGGCAUUCUUCAUCGGUUGCGGGUGGUUUCGCCUCUCUAGGCUCGUGGUGAAGUUUGUGUCAGCAGACCUGACCAUUGCAGCAUACGCCGAAGCGUCAUCACGUCGUAUGAAGAGAGAUUAAAGAAUGAAAGAUGAUUCUGAUAGCGACAGUUAGUGAAUAAUAACGUUAUAAUAAAGAUUGGUAGAGGGUAGGAAUGACUAGCAAUGAUUAUUAAUGACUCCGAAAUGCACAGUAUGUCUAGCGAUUGCUUGUAAUUACCGCAAUUGAUUACAAAUGUCUAGUAAGGUGUAGGAAUCAAAAUUAAAAUAAUUACUAGUGACUAUGAAAUGACAAAUAUGUCUAACGUCCACUUGUAACGCCUACAGUUGAUUAGAAAUGACUAAAUUGCUUAGUAAUGAUAAACAAUGACUAAUAAUGACUGAAAUGCCUUGUAAUGACUAAGAUAUGACCAACAUGUCUAACGACAGCUUCCUCGCACUUCCUCGUUGGCGCACUUCCUCGUUGGAAGUGCUCAAUCCUAUCCCGCUGCGUGAAUAUGUCAGCUUAGAAGUGUACGAGUUCAAAAAGGAAAGCGGAGUUGGGAUGCCUCUGCCUGGAAGGUCACUUUUCUCAGGCAAGGGUAAUCUGACAGCACUCGACAUCGGAGACCUUCUAAUGGACAAAAAUCGUGCGCGUUGGUUCAUCCGAGAGCUCAUUGAAAAUAAAAGCAUCACUGAACUCUGCGUUGGAGAAAGCGUGUUCGGCUACCGCGAUGAAGCCUCCAACGCAGUCUUCGCCAGAUACCUCGCCAAAGAAGACUCCACGCUACGCAAAUUGACUCUCAAAUCACCAGACUUUUCCGACAGGGGGCUCACCUCUGAUGAAAACACUCCUGAUAGAAAUCGUCGAGGCCAUUUCCGAGAUGAACACCUUGAAAGAACUCAAUGCAGUCAUCGUUGUGGACGACCCAUUAUUCAUGGAUACGAUCACCCUCUUCGCCGAACUGAUCAAACGGAAUGCCACACUACGCCGCCUGAGGCUACCUUCGUCGUUGAAUGUGUGCCUUAAGUCAUCCUGGGAUCCAGAUAAACAGUUUCCGGAUCCCCAAGCGGCGACGUGCAUGAAGUCCUUGUGUGAAGCCCUGCAAGAAUCAAACUCGUCGCUCAGCCAGCUCUCCAUCGAUUUGCGGCCCUUUGAAGAAGCAGAGUGCCACGCCUUCUUCGGCGCAGUGGCGGACAACAAAGAAAUCAAGUCCGUGGUCGUCAAAUCCUUGCCCUGCAUAGAUGGUAUCGACAGAGUCUCGACAACUAUCCGGGAGCGGGGACUUGAUGAUCGCGUUGUCGUCAAGAGUUUUUGCAUUCACCACAACACCAUAAAGCUACAGCAAUGUCCGCAAAUCUACAAUGCAACUAUCGCAUCGAGCAAAACAAUAUCCAACGUCCUGCCCUCAGUUAUGACAGCUUUACCAAGUCUCAGCCUCAUCGAGUUCACCGGGAUUCCUGCGAGCAUCUUCAACGCGAUGCAUCAUGAAGCCCGUGGAGAGGUGCGCAGCCAUUCUGUACACAAGGCCGAAGCGUUCAGGGAAGCUGCCAACCACAAGGAGAGCGCCCUGCUGGACAUUCUGCAACAGGUUCGCUUGGCCUCGUGA